AUGUUGCGGCUCAGUGUAGCGGUGAUAGUGUUGGCGGGGGCCCUCGGUCUCGCGGCCGCGCACUCGGAGGGUUUCAUCCCCGACCUCGGCGACCUGGACCUGGGUGCCAUCCAGACCCACAAUGUCGUGGGAAUACCCCGCCGCCAGCUGCGCGUCGUUGGCGCUAAGGUCACGCCGCCCAAGCUGCAGCUCCCGGAGUUCACGGCUCCUGAGCCGCCGAAAUUCAGCAAGGCGUUGCCCAAGCUCCCAGAGCUCCCCAAAAUCCAAAUCCCCAAGUUUGAUCCCCCGAAGCUCCCUGAGCUCCCCAAGCUGCCCGAGAUCCCAAAAAUCAAGAUCCCCAAAUUUGAUCCCCCAAAGCUCCCCGACCUGCCAAAGCUUCCCGAGUUCCCCAAGUUUGAGUUUCCGAAGCUGCCUGAGCUGCCCAAGCUCCCGGAGCAUCCGAAACUGCCCGACCUCCCGCCGCUGCCGGCGCUGCCGGACCUCCCGAAACUGCCGGAGCUGCCAAAACUGCCCGAGCUGCCAAAAAUGCCACAAAUCACGAUGGUGCCCCAGGAGACGGUGGAGUAUGAGCAGGUGACCGAGUACCAAGACAAAAUUGUGACAACGAAUGAGGUUGUCAACACACCUGUCACUACCAUGGAGAACGUGGUGGUUAAGAAGCCCAAGGUUGUGAUGCGCACCGAGGUGAUCCAGCAGCCGCACACGACCUACGAGUCGCACACGGAGUACGACAACAAGAUGGUCAAGAAGCCAACCUUCUCAAUGGAGCCCCAAGUCAUCAACAAGCCCAACCUUGUCAUCACGACGAACUUUGGUGGCGGCAAGGGGAAGGGAUUCUUCCCUACAUUUGACGCGGAGCUCACCAACAAUCAGCAGGUGGUGAUGAAGCCCUCAUUUAGGAUGGAGACCGAUUACGUGCAGGUUCCUCGGACCGUCAAGACGCCGAUUACGACGUACGAGGCGGUCACGGUCCAGAAGCCCGAGGUUGUGAUGGAGGACACGAUAGUGCAGCAGCCCAAGACCAUCACCCAGCAGCAGGUGGUGCAGAAGCAGGUCACUGUCAAGGAGCCCGUCACGGUGACCCGCCCCGUAAAGAAGAUCAAGUAUGUCGCAGUGCAGACCAGCGGCAAGGGCAAGGGCGCCGUCGCCUACUCCGGGAAAGGCAAGGGCGGCGCACUGGGCUUGCCCCCGGGCCUCAUCAACAAUGGCAACAUCGGCGGCAUCCCGCCGCUACCCGCCCUGCCCGGCGUGGCGGGCCUGCCGCCGCUGCCAGCGCUCCCCGGCGUUGGCGGCAUCCCGCUCCCCGGCGCCGGCGCGGCGGCCGUGCCGGACGUGUCGGCUCUUGCGCGCAGCAGCGGCAACGACCUCACCGCGUUUGCAAACGGCGCUACCAACUUCCUCAACGGGAUUACUCACGGCAUCAACAACAUUUUCAGCGGCAGCCGCGGUGGCGGCAGCGCCGCCGGCGUGCUCAGCAGCGGCGGCAGCGGGAUCGUGACCAACCCCGACGGGUCCAUCAUCGCCGGCGGCGGCGUGGCCCCUGGUUACACCGUGACUACGAGUUACGGCACCCCUCCAGCCACCGUCCUCGGCGGCUCCAGCACAACCACCGCCGGGUCCACCACUGCGUAUGGCAGUGGCACGAUCGUCACCAACCCAGACGGCUCGAUUGUCGGCGCGGGCGCCGCGGCCGGCUACGGCGGCGGCGCGGCCGUCAGCGCGGUCGGCGGCGCGGCCGCGGCGGCCGCGCCGAGCGGCCAGGCCGCUGUGAUCGGGUCCAACACCAUCAUCACCGGCCCCGACGGCAGGCAGAUCGACCCCAACACGCUGGCAGCCGGCGACGUGCUCCCUCAGGGCACCACCAUCAGCAACGCGGUCGGCACUGCAGCCAACGGCGGCGGCAGCGGCGCGGCGGCGGCGCCCGAGAGCGGCGUCACGACCAUCACCACCGGCAACGGCGGCGUGCGCAUUGUCAACAACCCGGACGGCACGAUCAGCGCGAUCCCAGCUGUUCUGCCCAACGGCGGCUCCCAGGGCGCGAGCGGCGGCCGCCCAAUGGUGAGCUGGAGCGGCGGCAACGCCACAAGCUACGUUUCUGGCAUCGGCCCGUUCAGCAGCCAGCCCGGCAUCGUCAACGGCUUCGGCCUCACCAACGCCGGCUUCCCCGUCGUCGGCAACACGCCGGUCGCGUUCCUGCCCGCGGAGCGCGCGGCGCUUUACCCCAACGCGAACACCACCGUGAACUGGCCCUGCGGCGACAAGCCCCUGGGCACAGAGAUCAUCAAGGGCGUCCCCUGCGGCGUCAACCUUGUCGCCGUGCCGACCGCCGCGCUGCCGAGGCAGGUGCUCAACCAGAUCGGCUACAACAUCGGCGCGGGCACGCCGUCGCCGUACGGCGCGCCCCUGCAGGGCUUGGAGAUGGGCAGGAGCAACCCCAAGGAGUCUGCCCUGAAGCAGACGACCGAGCAGAAGCUCAUAGCAUACAUGCAAAAGGGAUUUGCAACAGAGGCGGGCCCGCGCGGCGUAUCCGAUGUGGGCAGCAGCACUGCCACAGAGCAGCAGCAGCAGCAGCAGCAGCAGCAGCAAGAGCAGAAGCGGUGGCAGCAGCAGCAGCAGGAGCAGCCGCCGCAGCAGCAACGGCAGCAGCCGUCGCGUCCAGCCUGGAUUGAGCAAGUGCUCCCCGCAGCCGCGCUGCCCUACGCACACCUCAUGCGCCUGGAGAAGCCGAUAGGAACCUACCUCCUUGCUUGGCCAGGCCUCUGGUCCAUUGCGCUCGCAGCGCCACCGGGGCAGCUGCCAGACCCCUGGCUGUCCUCUCUCUUCAUUGCAGGGUCUGUGCUGCUGAGGGGUGCUGGCUGCACGGUCAACGACCUGUGGGACAGAAACAUUGACCGCCAGGUCGCACGCACGCGCCAGCGCCCGCUGGCCAGCGGCGCAGUCACGGUGCCGCGGGCGGUGGCGUUCCUGGGGGCGCAGCUGCUGCUCGGGCUGGUGAUCCUGCUGCAGCUCAACACGUACACGCAGCUGCUCGGCGUCGCGUCGCUGGGACUGGUGGCGGCGUACCCUCUGAUGAAGCGGAUCACAGGGUGGCCCCAGGCGUUCCUCGGCCUCACCAUCAACUGGGGCGCCCUCAUGGGCUACUCGGCCGCCGCCGGCGCGUGCGACUGGCCGGUGGUGCUGCCGCUCUACCUCGCGGGCGUCAACUGGUCCCUGGUUUACGACACAAUAUAUGCGCACCAAGACAAGGACGACGACGCAAAAGUGGGGAUUGGGUCGACCGCCUUGACGCUGGGCGACAGGACGAAGCCCGCGCUCGCGGCCUUCGCGGCUGCGCAGGCGGCAUGCCUGCUGGCCGCCGGCGGCGCGGCUGGUUGCGGGGCGGCGUUCCAGGCCGCGGUGGCGGCGGGUGCGGCGCAUCAGGCUUGGCAGAUCGUGUCUGCUGAUCUCAACAAUCGGCCGGACUGCAUGGCGAAGUUUGUCUCCAACAAGUGGUAUGGCGCCAUCAUAUACGCUGGGAUCUUCGCCGACCGCUUGCUGCUGAUGUAA